AUGAAUUAUGUUCAGGUGAGCGAAGGUACGUAUGCCACGGUUUACAAGGGAAGAUCCAGGACCACAAAUGAGAUCGUUGCACUGAAGGAGAUUAACCUCGAUGCGGAAGAGGGCACCCCGUCCACUGCGAUCCGAGAGAUAUCGCUCAUGAAAGAGCUCCGACACACCAACAUCCUGCGGCUAUACGAUGUCAUACACACUGAGACCAAACUCGUCCUUGUCUUCGAGUACUGCGAUCGUGACCUCAAAAAGUACAUGGAGGCCCAGGGGGAGCGCGGCGCGCUCGAACCUCACAUAGUGCGCAGCUUCAUGUAUCAGCUGCUCCGAGGCACCGCGCACUGCCACGAGAACAGAGUCCUCCACCGGGAUCUCAAGCCCCAGAACCUGCUGAUCAACGCGAAGGGCGAGUUGAAGCUGGGUGACUUUGGCUUGGCACGGGCAUUCGGAGUGCCAGUGCACACAUUCUCGAAUGAAGUGGUGACAUUAUGGUACCGCGCGCCCGAUGUCUUGUUGGGCUCGCGGAUGUAUAGCACAUCCAUUGACGUUUGGUCAUGCGGCUGCAUCUUCGCGGAGAUGAUCUCCGGAGUACCUCUUUUCCGCGGCAGGGACAACCAGGAUCAGCUAUUGCACAUCAUGCGCAUUCUCGGCACGCCCGAUGAGCGCCUCCUGCGCAAGAUCGCAACGGAAGGGCAAACAGAGAAUGCCCAGCUGAAGCAAUACCCGCGCUACCCGAAGAUCCCAUUUUCGCAAGUCCUUCCCAAGGCCUCGCCUCAUGCAUGGGAUCUUCUGGAACGCCUCCUCCAGUUCGAUCCCUCCAAACGCAUCACCGCCGCUGACGCGCUUCAGCACCCCUAUUUUACCGGAAUCGUCCCGUAUCCUGUUGGACAGCCGAUUCCUGGCAUGAUCGGUCCACCUGGAUCCAGCUUUCCCCCGCAGCCACAGCCACAGCUGCAACAAGGACAACAGGAGCAGCAGCAACGAAUUGUGGCUGCGUAUCCACGUUUGCCCGAGGGGACCAAUAUGUCGAUGGUGAGCUUUACGCCCGCCGGCCCACCGCACAACGGGAUACAGCGCUAUCAAGCCGUCUAUGCCCCGGGAUACGUGCCACCGAACGGCGGGCAACGAUGA